AUGGAAAACGAAGAUUUCAGCUUUAUGCAGCAGCAAUGGCGAAUGAUGAACCCUACAGAGGAACGAAACGAUGCUUUCACUCUACCAUCUCUACCAUAUGUACCGCCGUCUUCUUCUUUCGGACCAAACAUGGAGCAACUGUUCUUCAGCAGUCCAUCUCCAGUCAAACCCAGAUCCAGCUACACCAACAGGGUUACAGGUUUGAAUGACGGGUUCGGUAACUUGCAUCCCAAGCAAGAGAAUUUGUUUAGGUUGAAUCCUCAGAGAGACGUUUCGGGUUCUAAGAACGCUUCCCGUGGGAUCUCGCAAGCAAAAGAUCAUAUAAUCGCUGAACGUAGACGCCGUGAGAAGCUCAGCCAGCGAUUCAUCGCUUUAUCUACCCUCGUUCCCGGCCUCAAAAAGACUGACAAGGCAUCAGUUCUUGGGGAGUCAAUAAAGUACUUGAAACACUUGCAAGAGAAAGUGAGGUUUCUCGAGGGGCAAGCAAUCCAAAAAACAAUGGAAUCUGUGGUGUAUGUGAGCAAAUCCCGGCUCUCAGCCACGGCCGGAAGCGAGGAUUAUGAGGCGGUGGCGGUGGAGGAGCCAUUGCCGGAGAUCGAAGCGAGAUUCUCCGGCAGAAACGUGAUGAUCAGAAUUCACUGUGAGAGGAGGAAAGGUGUUGUGGAGACAACAUCGGCUGAGAUUGAGAGAAUUCAGUUGACUGUCAUCAAUAGCAGUGUCAUGACCUUUGGAUCCAAUUUCCUUCAUCUCAUCAUCAUCGCUGAGAUGGGCAUGGAUUUCAGCAUGACUGCAAAGGAUGUUGCCAAGAGCAUCAAAUCAAGCCUGGAGUUUUUCAUGAAAGCAAAUAUCUCCUGA